AAAUUAUGGAAUGAAAAAUCUCUGGCGAUCAAGACCUUUUAAUGAUGUGGCAUUGACCCCCUGCUGUAGUGGCCAUUGUGACAUAGGAUCCCUUUUUCCUCGUUUAGUGUAUUAACGCAUACGCUGCUCCGCGUUGAAGACGGCAGUCUGAUAUCUAAACGGCAGAGGGUGCUGUUUCCCUGUAAAUGGGUGUGUUUUGUUGGUUGCCUAGAAACCAGCAGAAAGUAAAUAAAGCGAGCGUGUCAGUAAUUUUUUUGGCACAUUGGGCGGUAAAACUAAGUUAGUGAUGGAGUCCAGCGCAGAGCAGGACAACCAAAAGCCUAAGGGAGUGUUCUCGACUUUACUAGCUGACGGGAAUUGGAUGCUUCUGAAAGGAGAGUAUCAGAAAGCCGUGGACAGCUACACAGCGGCCCUCACUUUGAAAGCUGGUGACAGAAACUGUCUUGUGGGUCGGUCCAAGUGUUACCUGAAGAUGGGACAGCAUGAGAACGCACUGAGGGACGCCGAAGCUUCUCUGGCUGGUGACCCUUCGUACUCUGAGGGAUUGUACCAGCGCGCAGAGGCUUUGUACUACAUGGGAGAAUUUGAAUACGCUCUGUUGUUCUAUCACAAAGGACGCAAGCUGCGUCCACAAAUUCAAGAGUUCAGACUGGGUGUCCAGAAAGCUCAAGAGGCGAUCGAGAACUCUGUCGGUCCUUCAACUGUUAAACUGGAGGUCAAAGGUGAUCUUUCAUUCCUGGAAAAGGAUCUAGAUAAAACACUACCACUCACUGAUAUUGAGCAUCUGAUGACAACAAAAAAGCCUAAGACUCCCAAAAAUGCAAAAACCACCAAGCUACUUCUGGGGGACCUCUACAGCGACAAGAUGUACCUGGAAAGGCUCUUAAAGGAUGAAGGUUUGGGUAAAGGUCAAACGAGGCGCGGGCAGCGACUCCAGGACGUCAUCAAGAGUGGGCUCACGUAUAUCGAUACUUGCACUGAGUUCUGGAACAAGGAGAAACCCGUGUCUGCUCAGAAAAGGAGGCCGAAGCAGAAGAAGGAGAACAGCGCUGACAACGACGGGCCGGCUCAGUUUCUGCUCACCAGCCUGCAGGACAUUGACGCAGACUUGGCUUCUGGAAAGGCCAGAGCAAGCCUUAAGAAAGCUGAGGAGGUCUUGAAGAAGGUGCAGGGAUGGUCUGAGAAGGAGCUGCCGGAUAAGAAGGAAGCCCUGGGGAACCUGCACAGCUCCAUCGGUAACGCUCUGAUGGAACUGGGCAACAUGGACAAAGCUCUCGGCCACCAUCAGGAAGACUUGGAGUUGGCCAAGCAGUGUAAUCUGCCAGAGGCGAUGUCCAGAGCACUGGACAACAUCGCUCGCAUCUACACACAAACUGGCCAGUAUGAACGUGCGAUUGACGUCUGGGAAGAGAAACUCCCUUUAGUCACGGCAGAUCUGGAGCAGACCUGGCUGCUUCAUGAAAUUGGUCGCUGCCAUCUGGAGCUAAACCACUACGACGAAGCUCGGGACUAUGGUAUCCAGUCAGCCGCAGCUGCUGACCAAACCGAUGACGUGAAAUGGAAGAUGAAUGCCAACGUGUUGGUGGCUCAGUCGGAAUUGAAACGGAAGAACUUUGACUCGUCUGUGGCUCACUUUGAGAGGGCGUUGUUGCACGCCAGGGCGCAGGAGGAUGAAUCAGCAAUGGCUGCGAUACAAAAGGCUCUUGAUGAAACAAGACUUCUACAUCAGUGAGGAUCUGCUGUUACAAAGACAAUCACAUGAAAACAUGGAAUAUUGAAAACCCAGUUCACAUGUGCAAAAACCUCAAUUUUCUAGAAUGUUACAUGAUACUCAUGGACCACCAGAGCAAUCACAGACAUGUAGCCCAAAUAUUCUACAACUGUGACAUCCAGAAUAAAGCUACUAUUAUUUUCCACGUUUAUAGAAAAAUAUUGUGCUGAUCAUUAUCCACUAUUGUUGCAUAUUACUGUAGGAAUUGAUCCCAACAACCACAAAAGCCAUGUGACCUCCUUCUUCAAUCUAUCAUUUUGAAAGUGAAAAACAAAAUGGACAAGUACAACAAGCAAUAGCUGUGAGGACAUGUACACACGUAUGAACCUAAAACAUGAAGAAUAGUUUAAAGGAAAAGCCAGGUGAGAAACGAUCUUGCCCUGAUUUUGGAGGGUGGGCUGCAAAACAGCAAUGAUGAAUGAGUAUGAGCGAAACUCAGUAUGGAGAA